UACAAGUAGCAGUUACUAUGCUUGCCAAGGUGCACGCCCACUGAUGCAUACAGGCUAACGAGUUGCACACGCAAUUCUACCGACGCAGCUGAAGUUGCUAAAGCCGAAACGCUCGCUGAUGGUUUUAUAGUGACCACUUGCAAUCAGCCCACACGCUGCACGUAACAAGAGUUGCUUAGGACUGAAGCUCUCAGAGUCGGGUUCUCCGGCUGGAAUAAGGCUCCUUUCGCGAUCUGGUUGAGCUAAUAGCGUCACACUACGCUGCCCAGACAAUGUCGUAACACGGACGCUCGCUGCGGGAGGGAUUGCAGUCCACUGUAGACAAUUGGAGGGCUCCGACGGGCCUGCUCGCUCGUUAACUAAAGGCCUUGUAUUUUGAUGAAAGCCAUACUAUUGGCACGGGGUUGCUGAGCCAAAGCGCUCCAGGCGUGAAGCCAGGCUGGUGUCAGUGUUCGCCCGAAAUGGCGGACUCGCUCACGGACGAUGGAUAUACCGCUGUGCCGAUUCAGCUGCACACGCAUACGGACCACAUACGAGAAGAACUGGACGCGUUGCUUGUCUCAGAUGGGCGCGACGAGGGCGGCUCGAAUGUGUGGAUUGUGCCGCCGCUUGUAGCCAGCCUGCGCGAGCAGGCGCGGCAGGUCCAACACGCGCGGCACCGGAAGCAACGGCAGCAGCUGGUGCAGGCGCCGCUGCCGCAGCACUUCCAGGUGCCGGACGGACUGCUGUCGCCCGAGUCGCCCAUGCAGCAGGCAGAGCUGGCAGACGGCGGCGAAGAGGCGGCCGGCAGUGCGCUGACCUACCACCUGAUUGGGGCGCCUUCCGCGGCGGCGGCGGCGCCGGCACUUGUCGCAAACCGGCGAGGGGCGGACGGGACGGUGGUGGUGCCGGUGCGGCUGAUGGCGUCCCUGGCCAUCAGGGAAGCGGAGGCCGCGGCAGCGGCCGCGGCCGCCGCUGGGGCGCAUGCGACGGCGCCCUCUGCCAGUGACGGCAACGCAUUGUCACUCGGGUCGGGGCCAGGGGGCAUGGCGGUGGCGGACGCGGCGGCGGCGGCGCUGGCUGCCGGCGUUGCGGCGGUGUCGAUGGGGGUUGGCGCGGAUGGCCCCAGCCGCGGCGGUGGAGCCCCACGACCGGCCUCGCGCUCUUUACCUGGUGAUCCGCAAAGCGCGGCCCUCGCGGCGGCGGGGCUACCAGCGGCGGCGGGCGGGCAGCACAGUGUUGGCCCGGGCUUACCGCUCGGCCGCCCAAAUGCCACAGGGAGCGCCGGCGCCGCCCUCGCCGGCACCGGUGUGCGUGCCUCAGGCCUCGCCGGUGCGCCGCCGGCUGACGCCCGCCUGCAGCGCUCCUCGCAGCCCGUGUCCGCGGCGGUGGCGGUGUCGGCGCUGACAAAAGGGCUCGCCACCGCCGCGCUGUCUUCGGAGCACACCUUCCUGGAUCGCCAUACCGCAAACGCGGCCAACGCGGCCAGCGCUGGCUGGGGCGCCGGCGUGUCGCAGGGCCGGCAGCCGCAGCCCCCGCAGGCGGGCCGUGGCGCGGCUGCGCCCGAGAACGAUGAUGACGACGACGACGACGGCGGCAUGUUGAUUGACGUGGGCUCGGCGGCGGACCGCGGGGCGGGCGGAGCGUUGCUGCCCUCCCCGGACCGGCCGCGGCCGCUGGCGGCGGCGGCAGACGGCGCCUGGGACGCCCUGCGCGGCCUGGGGCUGGGCCUGGCGCUGCCGCAGGCACAGCAGCUACAGCCGCAGCUGCAGCCACAGCAGCUACAGCCGCAGCCACAGCCACAGCAGCUGCAGGUGUCCCUGCAGCAGCUACAGCUGCAGCCGCUGGGCCGGACUGCGGGCCGGCCGCACCCGGCCGUGGCCGCAGCGGUGGACGAGUUAAUGUCAGACCAGCCGCCGCCGCACCCGCCCCAUUCCCAGCCCGCAGAGGCACCGCCGGCGCUGCUGCACCACCGGCAAUACCGUGCGACUCACGGCGCGGGGGCGGCGGCGGCGCCGGGCGGCGCGGCUGUUGGAGGGGCUGGUGGUGUGGGGGCUGUGGGCGCGGACGCGGGGGAUGAGGGGUUUGAUGCGGAUGACGAGGGCGAGGCGGCGCAGCGGACGGAGCGAGCGCGGCUGGGGCUGUCACGACUCACAGGCCGCGCCAACCGCUCACGGCAAAUCGCCAUCCCCGGCCUCAACAUGGCCGCGGCGCCCUGGGCCGUGCCGGUGCUGCCCCACACCACCGCUCGCGCCGCCUCCUCGGCGCCGCACGGCUGCGUCCUGGGGUCGGCCGCCGCCGUGCUGGCCGCCGCCGCCCUCAGCGCCGUGCCCGGCGGCACCGGCCUGUCCAGCUUCGCAAGCCUAGCGCUGGCGCUGCCGCCGGCCGGCGCAGCCGCAGGCGGCGGCGGCUACGGCCCCGGCGCCGCCGGCGCCGGCGCCGGCGCGGGCGCGGGCGGUGGUGCGGGGGGUGGAGGUGGUGCGGCGGCGCUGGAGGACGCGGAUGCGGAGCUGGGGGAGCUGCUGAAGCUCAAGUGCUCGCUGCGGCGGGCGGUGCAGGGGCAGAACCCGCAGGCCAUCAGCCUUGUGUUGUCGCUGCUGGCCGCGCUGCCCGCCACGCCGCAGCUGCUGGCGGACAGCCAGGUGGCGGCGGCGGUGGCGCCCCUGCAGCAGCACGCCAACACGCAGGUGGCGGCGGCGGCCAGGCACGUGGUCGCGGUGUGGAAGGGGGUGCUCAGGGCCGCGGCCCGCCGGCCCGCCUCCUUGGCGGCCUCACAGCUGGCGCCGCUGGUGGCGGCGGCGGCCGCGGCAUCGGCCGCAGGCGGCAUCGGCGGCGCCCCGCGCCAGCACGCGCAGCUGCCGCAGCUGCCGCCGCACCUGUCGCGCGUGCCGACCGCUCUCGCAGAACCGCCACAGCCGUCGGCUGACGUGGCAAUGCAGGAGUGCCGCGAGGCGGCGGCCGUGCUGAUGCCGCCGCCGCGCGCGCCGCCGCCGCUGCCGGCGGCGGCGGCUGGAACUGCAGCAGCGUCCACGGCACUGGGCGAGCAGGCACGCAUGGCGGCGCAGGACCGAAGUGCGGCCGCAGUGGCGGGGCAUCCAGCCCACGAGCCUUUGGCGGCGGCGGCGGCGCCUGCCCUGCCACUGUUGCUUGGGAUUGGACGCAGCCAGUCGGAUGCGGUGGUUGAGGGCAUGGCGGCGGCGGCGUCCGCCGUUGUAGCGCGGCUGAGGCUGGGUAGCAGCUCGGCUGCAUCGGCGGCGGCCGUGGCGGCAGGAGCGGCAGAACCUAUGGCGGUGCAGCUUCCGGAGCCGCUGGCUGAGGUAGCAGCUGUAGUAGGGAGCUUUGGUCGCGAGGAUGACGGCAGCACACACGGCGCCGUCGCUGACCCCGGCGAGCCGGGUGGUGCGGCGGCUCAAAGCCCAGCUGCCGACGGCGGCGGCAGCGGCAGCGGGGCCGCUUCCGGAGCUUUGGUGGCCGGGGCCGGAGGUGCGGGCAGCCGGCGACGCGGCAGCAGCGACGUUAGCGGCGGCAGCGGGAGCUUGUGCCGGCCGGCCGACGGCUCUGCCGGCGCUGCGGCCUUGACGACCAGCUACUCACCUACACACGGGCUGGCUGGCGGCCCGGACGGCGCGGCGGCGGCGCUGGCGCCCCAUGCUACGACUGCGUCGUCAGCGUGCAGUGCGCAGCUGGGGGUUGGCAGUCUGGACCCGCCCGUUAGGUUCGGCGCCACGGCGGUUGCUGGCGUCGCGGUGCCGCCCAGUGCCGUGGGCGCUGGAAAUGGCGGCGGCAUCGGCGGCGGCGGCGGGCUGGCGUUUCAAGGGGGAUUUUUGGGGGCGCAGCCGGGCCUGUGCAACGGCCACGGGCACAGCCAUGGCCCAGUGCCGGUGGUGGCGCCGCCAGGAGCGGCGGCGGCGGCGGCAGCGGCCUCGCCGGCGGCGGCCAUGGGCUUUGCGGCGGGGCCGGGGGCGGCGGCAGCGGUUAGUGGCACUGGCGGCGCCGCCGGCGGCUCGAGCCCCAUGGGCACAGGGCUGCCUGGGGCACUUCAUGCGUGGCGGCAGGCGAUGGGCGCGGCCGGCGGGCCGGCGGGGCCGGGGCUGGCCUCGCCGCCUUCUGGCGCGGCGGUGUCGCCGGGCACUCACGCGCUGCUGGCGGCGGCGAGGAGCCCGGGCGUUGCCUGUUCAGGGCCGCGGCCGGAGGCGGGCAGAGAUGUGUGCCUGGCGGCCGCCGCCACCACCUUUCCGCCAGGUGUGCCGGCGGCGGGGGCGGCGCCUGGGGUCGCGCCGCCGGCGCCAUCGCUCGUGUUGUCGCCGCCGCUGCUGCCGCCGGCAGGAGGCGGACUGCCGCCGGGCCGUAAGAAGCGGGAGCGGGCGGGCAGCUCGCGCCGCCGCAGCGGCAACGCCAAUAAGCGCGCGGCGCCGUCGGUCGUGUCAGGCCAGUUCGCCGGUGGCCGGCCGCUGCUGCCGCACCUUGCCCUGCUGCCCGACGGACCCUCCGGCGGCGCCAGCGGCUGCGGCAGUGGCCUGUCUGACGACGCCGCCCUACCGCCGUCAGGGCCGCACUUCCACGGACACGGACACAUGCACCACAGCGCCGCCGCCGCAGCAGCAGCAGCAGCAGCCGGCGUCGCCAGCGCCGCCUCGCCUGGCGGCGCCGCCGCGGCUAGCCCCGGCGGCGGCGGCGGCGGCGGCCCAGUGGUGGGCUUGAAGACGCCGGCGAGGUCGAGCCUGUUGGGCAUGCACCCGCUCAGCAAGCGGCAGCGGCACGCAGGCACGGGCGGCGGGGCCGGCGGGGCGGCGGGCGGCGGCGCCGCCGGGGGCCAUCACGUGGGCACACACACGCAGGUGCGUCGCAUGUCGCUGCUGCUCAGCAGUCUGGACCUGGGUACCGGCCAGGGCGGCGGCAAUGGCGGCGCCGGCGGCCCAGGCGGCGCUGGCGGCGACGACCGCGACGGGCCACUGGGUGUGCGCGGCGGCGGGGAGGGCUCCUUGGCGGCGGCGCUGGCGGCGAUGGAGGCGGAGGCGGAAGCUGACGUGGAGCCAGAGGCGGGCAGCAGCCGCGAUGACGACGGCGCAAUGCUGACGUCAUCAGACGAUGACGCUGGCACUGGUGGCGGCGGCGGCAGUGGGCGUGGCGGCGCCAGCAUUGGCGGCGGCGAAGGCGGCGGCGAAGGCGAUAGCGGUAGCGCCAAUGGCGGCGGCGGCAGCAGUGCUGCCGUGUCAGCGGAGCUGCCGCGCCCGCGCAGCCUGAAUGCUGCUUUCAUGGUCGCUCCGGCUCUUGCAGGAGGCGGGAGCAAUGGUGGCGGCGUGGCGGGCCUGGGCAAGCGGGAGCGUGCCCACUUGCAUUACAUGCACCACGCCACACGGGCCGCGCACGCGUCAUCUGUGGCAGCAGCGGCUGCGGCAGCGGCAGCGGCGGCUGCAGCGGUGGCGGGCCCAGCAUUUCCGGCUGGCGGCGCCGGCGGCGGGAAUGCCGCGGCGGCAGUCGGACCAGAGGCACCGGUGGCGGCGCGGUGCGUGCUGCCGGUCCCGGGCCCUCCCAGCGGAGAAGCGCUGGUGCCGUUGAUGCCGCCGCCAGCCUCCAGGUCUUUUGCAGGAUAGGGUCACAUCACUGGCAGCAGGCGGGCCGGGCGGCGCUUGCGGGGGAAGCUCCUUGCGGCCAUAAAGCGCUGCAGGCGCUUGAGUGUGGAAUCGAACAUGACUAGGAGGCUGCGGGGUUGUUCCUGCCGCAGGACGAAUGCGUUUGAGUUGAAGUGUUGAACCUGAUUUACGUUGCUUACCAUGUUGUCUUUUGUUGGUGGUUAUUUCUUCAUGGAUGCAUGCAUAGAUUACAUCAGGUUGCGCAUGUGCAACACCAGGGGUUCUGGUUGUCUGCCUUGUCGUAAGACAACGGCCGCACUGCUGCAGCUGUGUGGCCCGUUGUGGGCUUGUGCAGUUCUAGUCGGUAGUAGGGCCACAGCAGGAGCACACACGAGUCACACCGGGAGCAUUUCCAAAUGUCUUUAAUUUGAGGCAAACUUGUGGGUGGGAUUGCCCGCGGCAGCCUUUGAUUAAACUGUGGGGUCAAGGCAUCUAACUGGCCCUAGCAGUGCUUGGCUGCCGGUGUGGGUGACCGUGGACUCGCUUGCGACGGGCGUCUGCAGUGAAGACAGCGCCGCGGGGCUUUACACAUGGCAUGACGGCGUCGCAUCAGGGCACAUGCAAAUCUGGCAGCUGUUGCUGAGCCAUUGCUCCGCAGCAGCCGUUGGGGCUUUUAGCCCGGAUGUGGGGGACCAAGUGACUUGCGAGGGCGGCCGGCGCAGGCGUGCCACGUGCCGGACACACAUUCUUUAUCGCACAGUACCGCAUUUAGAUGUUUGUGCGCUGAUAAACACGAUUCAGGUACUGAUACUGUGGGGGCGAUGGACUGGGUCUGACCGUCAUCUGGAGAUUGAGCGGAGGCCCCCCGAUAGAGCCAGAGAGAUUGCGACAUGACCGGUUUGGGGGCAAGCACGGGACAUCAAUGUCAUCGCGUAUGGCAAGGAAAGGCC